AUGUAUUAAAAGUUCGAAAUUACUCCCUUCACAUAAUUUAGAUAAUAAUACUUUAAUAAUUUAAGAGAAUAAUCCUGUUUAUUACCUGCCUUAGAAGAACUUUGUGGAGGAUGUAAUUAAAUUUAUUCAUAAUAUUAGGGACUUAAGAGACAUUAAAAUCGAUCUUAUAAAAAUUGACAAAAAAGAACUAAGCUCCAUUACCAUUAUUUUUUGAUUCAUCUUAAGCUAUGGAUUCUAUCUCCAAUAAAAAGUAAGCUUUGGCUACAGUUUUUUAAUAAUUUGAUUCAAGAGGAAUAGGAAGAAUUGAUGCAACAGAAUUGUUUUCAGUUAUGCUUCUUUUAUCAACUGGAGAAGUUAGUUAAAUUUUUUAUAGUAAGUAAUUUUUUGAUAUAUGAUUAGAUAUUGCAGUAAUUUUUGGUUCAGAUAAGACAAAUCAUAUCACUUCAGAUGAAUUUUUCUUUUUUAUUGAUUGUUUAUUUAGAGGAAUUUCUAAGGUAUUAAUUUGUAAGGGAGAAAACAAACCUAUUAAUUUAAACAAAAGAUUGAAUGAUUAAGACAUUAAUAAGUUUAUGUAAUAGAUUUUUAAGGGACAACAAAAAGUAAAUAAAGAUGAAUUAUAUGCGUAAUGAUGAUGCUUACUAUAAAUAGAUCUGUAAAGCAAAGUCAAUAAUUAUUUGAGUUUAUAGAGUAUAUCUCAAUAUCAAUGCAAACAUCUAUGGAAUACACAAGAUAAUAGUCAUUAUUAAUGAUGAAAAUAACAAUGGAAGUUAAAAAAUUGAUGGCUUAGAUGUUAUCAUAAAUAGAUGGAACUGCAAAAAAAUGA